UAUGUCGUCAUAUGUAUUUUGUAUUUGUUUGUUCUCUGUAAUUGCAAAUGUUGUUUAUUUAUCACCGAUAGAUGAAAACAAGACAUUUGAAUGUGCUGCUAAUGAGAGAUAUAUUAAAUGCUACCAUGAGAUCUGUUUUCGAACCUGCGAACACCUUGAAAAUCCCUUCCCGUGUGCUGCGGUAUCUUCAGACUGCUACGCACCGGCUUGUCUUUGUCUAGAAGGUCAAUUGAGGGAUAAUAAUGGAAAAUGCAUUAUGUCAGAUCAAUGUUAUUAA